UUGACGCGCACGUUCGUAGGACCGUGAGAAUCUCUCUUUUUAACUAAAAGACCCACAAAAACCAGCAUUGUGGGCCGCGCCAGUCCUGGCCGCUCGCUGUACUGCCAGGGCCUUUCCUCUGGUGGCUUUUCAGUCGCCCUUCGCUGCUAGGGGCCAAGGAGCCAGCAUCCCCCCGGUUCCCGCUCAGUCUGUGGCCCCCGACCUCGCCUCUCUUCCCCCAGACACGGCCGGACGCCCCCGCCCGGCCCCGCCGCGGCAAGGAGAGGAGCGGGCGGAGGCGGCCGGGCUUCCUCGUCCGCCCCGCUGCCCGCCCAGGGGCGGCCCGGCAGGUGCGGGGCCAGGCGCGGCCCGGGGAGGGGAGCGCGUCCGCGGGCCAUGGCGUACCGGGAGCUGGUGAGGCGCUGGCACGAGGGCGUGCUGGCGGCCGACGGCGGGCACUGGGACGCGGCCCUGGACAUCUUCGCCGCCAUCCCGGAGCCGCCGUCCAGGAUCUGUUUCAACGUGGGCUGCGUGCAGCUGCUGGCAGGGAGGCCCGAGGCGGCCUUGCGGGCAUUUGAUAAAACCGUUGCGAAGGACAACUCCCUAGCUGUUGGCUUCUUUCAGAGAGGGUUUGUCCACCUGCAGCUGGAAAUGUAUGAAGAAGCUCUCUCUGACUAUCAUAUGGCCUUCAGUCAUCUAAGAAAAAAUCCCUUCAUCGAUUACAAGCAGCUGGGGCUGAGGCACGUACUCUAUGCAUGGGAGGUGCUGUACAGCACUGCAGCAGCGCAGUGCCGGCUCCAGCAGUGGCAGGAGGCCAGAGCCAGCCUGGAUAAGGCCGUUGUGUGGAGACCCGAAGGAAGAACAGCAAUCCUGGACAUGGCCCUUGAGCGGGUGCAGAACCGUCUGUUUUUAGAGCCCAUGCAGGUUCCUCUUGGGGAAUUUUUCAGACCACGAAAGAAGGAAGUUGAACAGCUGGAUUCAAAAGAUUUCCUGGGUAAACCCAAGGUGAUCUCGUCCAUCAUUCCCAAUGACGAGUACAUUGGCUUCGAGCCUCUCAGGCCUCAGAAACAGGGCUUUUAUGAACCCAGUGCUGAUGCUCUGCGAGACAGUGAAUCAGGCUACUAUCGAGUUUUGUCCCACUAUUACCCUAAGGACUCGGAGAAUUUGGCAGUGAAAGCCAGCAGUUUGGUCUUUGUGCUGACAAGAGGAGCAGAUGGCUGGGCUACAGCCAUACAUGAUGGCCAGAAGCUGCGCAUACCGAGCUCUCUUCUGGAGCCUGCCUCAAAGAUGGAUAAAUGGAUCAGCGAUGGGAUCCCCCUCCCUCCUGCCCAGGUGCCUCCCAGCCGACUCCAUAUGAAGCAGAAGCCAGAAUCUCCUGGGGGAGAAAAUGCCCCUGCAAAUGAUGCUGGUGCCCAAACAGACUUCAAGCAGAUCUCACCGACCCAAGGAGAAGCUUCAUCCAGCACGGACAGACCUGUUGUGCUGAGAGCGCAUUGCGAGUGCAUGGUGGUGGUGAGGGCAGGCGAGGUGCCAUCUCUGCCCGACCUGCGGGUGCUGCUGGGGGAGCGGUUCAGGCAACAGGCAGAGCGAGGGAAACUGAGCUACAGGCAUUCGGAUGGCAAAGAGCUGGGUGCAGUUUCAGGCGAGGAUGAUCUAGGGAAGAUGUGGCAGCAGCUGACAGAUGGUGGGCUGACACUCUGCUGCCAGGACUCGGACUCCCACUCGGGCAGACCUGUCCUCUACCGGAUGCUGGCUCAGCACUCUUACCUGGCACAGGGACCGGGGGACCUGGAGUUCAGCAAGGGAGAUGUGCUGGAUAUUCUCUCCGAAGUGAAUGAGGACUGGCUCGAAGGAUGCUGCAAUGGCAAGACUGGCAUCUUCCCCAAAUGCUUUGCGACCCAGACCAGUGGUGGUGCUGCCUUCCUAUAGCAAACAGGAACCUUCUUCUGCCUGCACCAUCUCCCAGGGGUGGGAGACACCAGUCCCAGCUCAUUUGGGCCACAGCCAACACAGCCAGGAGCUCUGCUGAACCUGGACAGGAGAUGUCCCCCACCUGCAGAUCCCAUGGGGUCAGUUCCAGCAGUCCGACAGCAUUUUCUGCAGCCUGUUCCCAGAGAUGGCAUUUUUACCUCCGUGCUUACUCUGCCGAAGCUGUGCCUGCGCAGGGCAGAGAGAAUGGGGAGGGAUCUCGUGUUCGGCUGUGGGAAAUGUCCAUGUUGCCACUCAGACCUCAGGGGCUCAGGCUGCUGGGUGGGAAGAGAUUCCUCUGGAUGGAGGUCUUCACCCCCUCUCCCUUGUUGCUCAAGUUCAGGCUGGGAAGGCUGAGCCUCACAACGAAGCCAAGGAUAGCCAUUGGUGAGCAGGGGCAGAGCCCAGUUCCCCGGGCCCUUGGGCCACAUCCCCUUAUCUCCACCAGGCAGAUGCUGCUCUUUGGGAAGGGCUCUGUGACCAGUUUGCAGUAGGGUAUAUGGGAUAACACCUUGGGUUAGGACCACUGCAUAUCAUCUUCCACAGCAAACACCCCAUGGGUCUGCCAGUGCUGUGGGGCUCUGACCAUUCCUCAGCCCAGGUGCCUUUGGUUCUUUCCUUAAUCCCUUAAAUCCUGCCUGGAUGUUACUGCCCGAUGCUGCAUGGGCAGGGGUCUCGCAGCACAGAGGAGCUGUGGACCCCCCCUGCUCAGGCCAGCCCUGGGCUCCAGCAGAGCCUUGGAGGGCCUGGGGAGAGGGCUGGCUGCACAGUGCCCACUGGGCUGGUGGCUGGAGCUGGAAGGGCUGAAAUGACUGUCUGGUUCCUGCAGCUGAGCUGUGCUGGGCUCUGCUGAUGGACGUAAAACACUCAAGUGCCUGGAGCUGGAACCUGCUAUGGAUUUGGUGUCUGACAGAGCUGGGCUAUGUAACUUGAAUAUAAAAUAAACCCUGAGCCAGAGUUGGCAGCUCUUAAAUCAA